AUGAAGUCCAACUUCACUAUAGCCUGCGGGGCUGAUAGCUAUACUGUCGAUCUAGACAUCAUUACUCCCUACUCUGAAUACUUUCGGCGCGCAAUAGAAUUUGGGAAGGAGGCUUCCGAAGGCACCAUAACGCUUCAUGACGACGAACCUGCUAUGGUCAGUCUCAUGAUUGAGUUUCUUCACGAGGGCGACUACGAUGCCACUUCCUGGAAGAUCGAUGCGCGCACAAAGGAUCUGACAUGGAUCAGAAGUUAUGGUAGUAGCCUGUAUGCCAGUUGCGAGGGGAACGAUCAACACGACCCCCACAAGAAUGAUGGCAGUUCUCGCUUGCCCCACGGAGAAGCAUCACCAGCCGUCGGCGCUAUAUCUUCAUCUUCCUCGCGGAAACGGAAGCCUCAAACAUCACCAGACCUACAAUCAGGUCAGAUUGCCCAGAAACGACAGCGGAUACUUCAAGCCAUGCCAAAGGGUUCAGGCCGAGCGCUCUAUCACACCCCAACACCCCGCCACAUGUUGCUACACCUCCAACUCUGGGAAGUCGCAGACAAGUACCUAGUACCCGACCUACAGGCGCUAUGUACGAAGAGGUUCCAGGAAGCAGCGGAAUACUACCAUCCCAAUCCCGAGAUGAUUGACGCCAUCUUGUGGGUUUACGAAGACCUUCCGGAGCAUGCGACGGAUCUGCGGGAGGCGGUGUUUAUGGUCGUCGACGAGCAUCCAGAGCUGCUCGAUGAUGAUGCGGUCUACGUCGUUAUAUGUCUUCACGGGAACUUGGAAGGUCGCAGCGGAUCAUAA